UCGGUUCCGAAGCUUGGCGCCGUGCGUGCUCAGCAGCGUCAGAUGUCCAGCGUGCCUGGUAGCGGCGAAUAUGAGGCCUUGGAGGCACCGAUGAUGUUGCAGUGGCUGUCCGGCGGUCUCGGCGUCCACAUGGCGCUGAUGCUGCAGGCGAACCGCGCCUUGCACCAGCAGAUGAAGCCCAGGUUGGAGCACUGGGGCCCGGCCUGGCUUCGGCAACGGCAGCUACUGCAGAUCGCGCGCGUGGCAGAGGCGGCCGGGAAUCCAACGCGAUACCUGCAAGACGCGAGGCAGAUCCAGCAGUUAGCCACGGCGAUUCUGCGUGGUUUAGGGGCCGAUACCUUUGGCCAUUUCAACUCACCCACUGCGCGUGGCGCCGAGUCCUUAGCCGCGCGCUUCCGCAGCAUCGUGCAAGCCGCGCAGUACGCGGCAUAUCAUUUGGACGAACAGGUGCCCGAGUCCUGGCGAAUCCUCCUUUGCGCGCGCGCUGGAGCUGGAGUUGGAGGAGGCUGAGCUUGAGACCUUCGAGGCCCUCACUCUGCUGCCGCCUGCAGUGGAGGAUGACGAGGAUGACGACCUGGAGGAGGUAUGAAACUGCCUUGGGGCAAACGUCCCGCAGCUAUGGAGCAGCUUGAUCCAUCUUGAUCCAUUAUUUGAUAUUCUUUGGUGAAGGAGUGGUG